UUCUUCCUCCUGUGCUGGUUCCAAGACACAGCGAGUAUAAUCCCCAGCACAGCCUCCUCGCUCAGUUCCGUAACUUGGGACAAAACGAGCCUCACAUGCCGCUCAACGCCACCUUUCCAGAUUCUUUCCAGCAACCCAACAGCCACCCAUUUCCUCACUCCCCCAGCAGCAGUUACCCAAACUCUCCUGGAAGCAGCAGCAGCACCUACCCUCACUCCCCCACCAGCUCGGACCCGGGCAGCCCUUUCCAGAUGCCAGCUGAUACGCCCCCACCUGCUUACCUGCCUCCUGAAGACCCCAUGACCCAGGACGGCUCUCAGCCAAUGGACACAAACAUGAUGGCACCUUCACUGCCCUCAGAGAUCAACAGAGGAGAUGUUCAGGCAGUCGCUUAUGAGGAACCAAAACACUGGUGCUCUAUUGUCUACUAUGAGCUCAACAAUCGCGUGGGUGAGGCAUUCCAUGCCUCCUCCACAAGCGUGUUGGUGGAUGGUUUCACUGACCCUUCCAACAAUAAGAACCGUUUCUGCCUUGGGCUGCUUUCCAACGUUAACCGGAAUUCCACUAUCGAAAACACCAGGCGACAUAUUGGAAAAGGAGUUCAUCUUUAUUACGUUGGAGGGGAGGUAUAUGCCGAAUGCCUCAGUGACAGUAGCAUCUUUGUGCAAAGUCGGAACUGCAACUAUCAUCACGGAUUUCAUCCCACUACUGUUUGCAAGAUUCCUAGUGGAUGUAGUUUGAAAAUUUUUAACAACCAAGAAUUUGCUCAGUUAUUGGCACAGUCUGUGAACCAUGGUUUCGAGACGGUCUAUGAGCUCACAAAAAUGUGUACUAUACGCAUGAGUUUUGUAAAGGGCCCCCGGCUUCUGCCUCUUGAAAACUAUUGAGCCUUGCAUGUACUUGAAGGAUAGAUGAGUCAGACCCAAGGAGCGCUGACAACGGAGCCGUGAUCAUACUUGACCUCUGUGACCAACUGUUGGAUUCAGAAGUUUAAAAAGCCUUGGUAACAUGCUGUUGAUAUCAAGAACCUGUUUAGUUUACAUUGUGACAUUGUAUUGUAAAAUCACCUAAAAUGCAGACGUUUAGCAGGACUUUGUGUAUAGCUAAAGAAGAUGGUCAAGCCAGGGACAACUCAUCCAUUAGAGGAGCAGUCCUAAGAGAUUCUUUUGGUGUCGGCACUUUAAGGCCAUCGUUUACAGAAGGUUAGCAUUAACAGUCAGUCUUUCUGAGGUGUGUUUUUAUCAGGUUUAGAGCCCAUGUCGAAUCUUCUUUUCAUGGGUUUUCAUAAUAUUUUAAAACUAUUUGUUUAGUAAUGGUUUUUGUUUGUUUGUUUUUUUGAGUAAAGGUUAAUCUUUAUGAUACAUAGUAAUCUUUCUAAAACUGUAUCCUGACCAUACUGCUGUCAGAAUAAUGGUAGACAUAUGCUCUUUGCUAAAUAUGUAUGUACAGAAUAUUUGGAAGUUAAAAAUUGAAUAGACUAGUGAAUCUAGAAGUAUUCAGGGGGUGAGGGAAAGGGAAGUGACAACUGCAAAUGUAGAAUAUACUGUAAAAUUCAGUUUGUUGCCUUAAACAAACUGGUGUCUGAAUUUUGCUGUGUUUCAGUUUUUUAGAGAUUUUAUCGUACUUAUUUUUCUUGGCAUUCUUCUAUCCCAUCCUCUCCAAAAAGCAGUUCUGCAGCUGGUUAAUUCAUAUAACUGUGAGAGCAAAUGAAUAAUUCCUGCUGUUCUCAAAUUGACUGCCUAUAUGUUUCAAUACCAAGUGUAAAGGAGCGCUUCAAUUUAAUAAGCAGUUUUUAUGGAGUUUACAGUACAGAAAUAAAUAGGCUUAAUUUUCAAGUGAAUUGUUUGCCAAACUUAAUAACUCUGUUCAAUAUUUGGAGCAUUUAAAGAACAUCCCUGUUUAAAUCCAUUUCAGACUUUUUUUAUUUUUUUGUACUAUGUUUGGUUUUAUUUUUCUUCUGUUAAUCUUUUAUA